GUCUGUGAAAAAGGUUGGUGCGCGAAGCCAUUUAAAAAAAACUUUCCCGCCAUUCAUUUGCCGGGCACAAGGACAUAUGAGUUCUGCCACUACAUUAUAAAAGAUGUGCAUAAAUAUUAUUGAUGGACUUAAAUCAACAAGAACACAGGCGAAAACUUAAUCAAUGUGUUGAACAUAAAUAUCAACAGGAAAAUGACAGGGACAUGUUGGUUAAUAUUUGUGUUGUAUUUUUUAUCUGUGAGCGUUGGUGACAGAAGAUCUGAAGAGGGAUAUCCCAGAGGACUCAUGUCAGUUUGUCCAGGUUCGACCAAGCCAAUUACCAUCCCUCGGAGUCAGCUGAAGUACCUGUUCUUCGUGGUGCAAGGCAAAGGCGGGACCAGGCAACGGUAUAGUUACUGGAAUGCCAAAAAAAUAGCCACAGACCCAAGGAUAGACUUUAAUAGGAAGACAAUUGUUGUGGCUAUUGGCUAUUUAGACAGUACCAACUUUCCGAUCUCUGCGAUGUUUGCCAACGAGUACGAGGCGAGGGACUACAACGUUAUAUUGGUGGACAACCAGAGAUUCGCAACUGUACACUAUUAUCUAGCCACCCGUCUGAUGCGUCCCGUGGGCUUGCAUGUCGCCCAAAUUCUAGCUCAGCUCACAGAAGCAGGUCUGGAUCCAUCGAAACUCGAGAUCUUGGGCUUCAGUCUAGGAGCACACACAGCCAGUUACAUAGCGAAGAACUUUCAAUUCUUAACUGGAAAGAACAUAUCUCGAAUUUACGGCUUAGAACCUGCAGGACCUUGCUUUAGAGAUUUAAAUAAAAACGACAGAUUAGACGCUUCAGAUGCUGAUUUCGUCCAAGUUGUACAUACCAACGUGGUUGACUAUGGCCUAUCCAUGGGCCAUGUCGACUUCUACGUCAAUGGUGGGGAGUACCAACCUUCAGACUUGAAUUUAUUUCCUUGCACGGGAACUUGAAGUCAUUUUAAAGUGCUCCCACUUUGGCUGUCAGCUUUAAAGAAUCCAACGAGAUUUAUAGCAAUCAAAUGCGAUAGUAUUCAACAGGCUAGAGACGCGAAAUGCUACGACAGAGUCCCCUUGGAAACGAACUUUAUGGGGCCGAAGGUCGAUGUGACCAAGCAUGGGAUAUUUUACCUAUCGACUAGUAAAUAUUUUCCAUUUUAUUUGGGAAAGAACGGACUAAAAGAAGAGUAUGCCUCGUGGAGGACGAUAAGUGAUAUUAAUGAUAGUGUUGGAACAGAGGUUUUUGUUUAA